GUGUAAAUAUAAAAUGCAGACAUUUUUUUUAAACAAAUAUUUCUUAAUAGAAAAUCCAUAAGAACUGUAUAAAAUAAAUUAGGAAAAACUGUUGUGCAUUUUAAUAUUGUUAGUUGCAUCAGAUAUUUAAAGUCCAUACGAUGUUCAGUUUUCAUUAGCUAUUUAAAAUUUCCGCGAUUUUCGUUAAUCCUCAAAACGGGAAGAGAAAGAAAUUUGCCACCAUGAACCAUUUCCAUUCUCGUCCUGCGAAAGAUGCAUGCAUGCGUUCCUGAGAGUACCGAGGAUCGAGAAAGAAAUUUGUAAGUUUCAUAAGUUUCGAUCUGAAUAUUUCACGUCGAGUAUUCUUGAAAGAUCAUGCGUUCGAGACUACUGGUCGUCGCGAGAUCUCCCAUUUUGGUUCCGCAAAAAAUGCAUGCAUCCGUCUAGGAGUGCUAAAAUUCCGCCAUAACGCGAUCCACUACGUUACGCUCUACGGUUAAACGCCGCGGAAAACUUCCGCCCAGAUCAUACGUUCGUACGAGGUUCCCGGUCGUGCCGGGCGACAUCGAUGAUCGAGCUGCACGCGGCCGAGAAACCAUCCGCGGGCUUACGGCUCGCCCUCGAGACAUCCUGCCAUCGUUCCCGCGCACGUUCGCGGCUCGCUCGUUCGCGGUGGACGCGCGGCGCGACCUACCACGGUGCAGCCAAGAUGGCGUUCACGGAGCGCAGUACGCCGUCGGGCAGGAGCGCGUGAGAAAAAAAUGUUACGGGGUGCCGUGACGACCGUUGACGCUUCGCGCGGGAUGUUCGCGUGAGGUGCGGGACCUCGGUCCUUGGAAGUGCGCUCGGGAGUGCGUGCGCGUGGCCGCCGAGACAUCCGACGUUAACCUAAGUGCGGCGAGCGCGGGGUACGGCGGUACGUUGCGGCGCGGCGCGGUGCGGAACGGUGCGGUGCGGCGCUGCGGGGACGAGAUCUCCUCGGCUGCUGCAGCUGGCAUGGAAGCGACCCGGCCGAACGGCCGAGCUCGCUGGACGUGACGAGGCGGCACCGGGACCUCGCCCGGCUACGGGGAACUCGAGAGCGAGAUGAGACGCGACGCCCGGCUAUGGCGUCCGUCGUGAAUGCGUGAUUGUUGGCUGGGCGACGGAUCGAGGGAGAGGAAAGAAACGGGAGACGAGGAAAGGCGCCGAGAUGCGUCCACGACGACGCUGAUAGAAAACUACCUGCAAGCGUUCGAAACGCCACGUGAAUAGUGUGAACGAACGUUUUCAUCCGUCUCGUCGCUCCUUGCGCCUUCCGCCUUCCUUGCCCACACGUUUGACAGUUAUCAUCGUCAUUCGCCGUGGAUUGCUCCGGACGGUACGCGAGUUGAAUCGCGAGUGAGAUGCCACGGUUGUUUACAGACGAUUUGCUUCCACGAGGCUCUGCGCCUCGACCGACUCUAUUGUUCAGCGGACAAUGUGGUCAAUUGGCCUUUAGGAAGUUGUGAGAGAAUAUUCUGUCGGAUAGGAAGUCGUGAGUGCUCUGUAUUAAGCUUCUCUGAGGACAGAAAGGAUAGUGAAUGAUGAAUGAACGAUAUAAAGAAAUAGGUGUUACUAUUGUGUCCAAAAGUAUCAACACAUUCCAUGAUACGAUAUAUCAGUAAGAUAUAGAUCCUGAUUUAAUGGACUUUGGACACAACAUGUCUAAUAGUUUGGACAGUUUUCUGACACGCAUUGGGGACGUCACAAUUGAACGCGUGACACCGCGCGGUGGUAAACCUGGUGAAACAAGUGUAAUGACAAGCGAGACUGUAACAAGUGCAAACAUGAACGCAGAACCACAGGCGGCUAACGACGAGAGUUCGGACGAAUCGAGCGGUGAAACGACAGACGGAGAGCACGAGAAGAAACUUGAUGCUUUGCAGUCUGAAGAAAUAGAAGAAAUACGUUCCGAGGGCUCGGGAGACGAUAUGGAUCUGGACGAGACGAUCGAUUCGCAAAUCGGUGUGAGAGUAGAGUCGGAGAGACAGCAACAUAAUCCGUCCCAAGAGGAGGAUGAUGAGGAACCAGUUAACAUUCUGGACACCUUACCGCUCGAAGGAGCACCUAUAGAAGGUCAAGAAGUAUCCGAAGCCGACUUAUUAGGGAAGCCAAUAUCAAAAGAUUCGGAUGACGAAAGUAUGGAUAACGAGAAUGAGAAAGCAGAUGGACAAUCUGGCGACGAGGAAGGCAGUGACAGUAAGAAGAGGCACAUUGAUUCUGAGCAUUCGGAAAGCUCAAAGAAGAAAGCGAAAAAGGAGGACGGUGCCGCUGAAAGUAGCAAUUCAGAAUGCGAAUUGAAAUCGGAGAAGAAACUAGCCAACAUGCGAAGAAAUAUUCGGGAAGUGAUGGACGAGACACAACUGGAUGAGGCCACCCUGUCUGCCCAGAGGCAAGAAAUGGAGCGUCUCAGACGAGUACAGGAGCAACAGAGAAUUAUCCGUGAGGUACAGCGUCAGAUAGCAAUCAAUCGACAAAACAAGUCGCAGACACGCGUUAUAAGUCUCUUGCAGGGUAAACAGAAUCAAGCUGGUGCCACCACGAUCUCACAGUCGACUUCUUCGUUGCCAUCGUCAUCGACGACAUCGUCGACUCAGGUCCGUCUGCCGAACACCGUGCUCCUGAAAGUAAACUCCGGGCUCGGCGCUGGUGCUGGCACACAGACCGUUCAAACAUCCAGCGGAAUGCAAGCGGGUCACAUGCAAAGGAGAUCGGUGGACGGAACGAUGCGCUGGCAGAAAGGCAGAGGCGGUUACCAGGGCGUACAGACGUCUAUCUCGCGUGUUCCGAAUCGCUCCGGCGCGCCGAACUUGCUGCAGCAGAGGAUUCGCAUGAUGACGCCGUCCGUGAGUAUAUCACCGGUGGUGCCUAAAAAGGAACCGAUGGACCGGGCUGAUUAUUAUUCUGAUUCUGAGAUAUCCGAUAUGGAAACCGAAGAGAUGAUACGCAGCGAGAAGCAAUUGCAUGCCACGCGGAAAACGCUGGGAGUGACCAAGUAUCAGAAAUCAGCCAAAGGCAAGGACGUCGUGACGAUAUCCAGCACAAGCGAGAGCUCGGAUGACGACUGCAUAGUGCUGAGCGAUCCCAGUGGCGAGGAGGAAACCGACACCGAGGACGAUCCAUCCAAUUCUGGUAUGCACACCAACGAUCGAUAUAACGUUCCAGACGAGAAUGGUCGGGUGCUGAUCAAUGUGGGUCAUCCCGAAACCGAACCGGAUGUAUACUUGGCACCACAGGUGGCCCGCAUCAUCAAGCCACAUCAAAUUGGUGGCAUACGUUUCCUUUUUGACAAUAUCAUUGAGACCAUCGAGAGAUAUAAAACCAGCAGUGGUUUUGGUUGCAUUCUUGCCCAUAGCAUGGGCCUGGGAAAAACCCUUCAAGUCGCCAGCUUCUGCGAUAUUUUUUUUCGUUGCACUACUGCCAAGACCGUUCUCUGUAUUAUGCCAAUAAACACACUGCAGAAUUGGCUAGCGGAGUUCAACAUGUGGUUACCGUACGAAGAUCCGGCUGUAACCGCCGAGAAGCAGACUAAGGCGAACAUCAAGGUGGAACCUGGCACGGACAUGAAGCACGAGGUAAAGGAGGAAAGUUGCGGCAAUCAGAGCGAUAUCUCCAAUAUUUCACAGCCGCUCAGCACAGAAUCCGCGCACCGUUUUGGUCAAGACAUGGCCACCGCGUCGCAACAAUCGAUGAACAUCAUGCCGGAGAAUCAUUCCUAUACGAAUCCCCAUCAUGGCUACGAGCAGCGCGGUAUGAUGCCAGGCUACAUGCAGAAUCCUGUCAUGAUGAAUAAGAAUAUCGCCGAGUCGCAUACAUCACACAUGCCGCCAACCUAUCACCAGGGCGAGAUGCCGCAGAAUCCGUUAUAUGGCGCGAAUCCGAAUCCACUUCCUAGUUUCUCCGAUCCGAUGAAGUCGGAUCCGGUGAAUUGUCACAGCAUACCACCCAGACAAAACAUAGCGGGGCCAAAGUUUGGCAUGGGGAGCCAAACCGCUAGCGUUAUGUAUCCCGGCAUCGAAAAUCGGGCGCAGGGUGAUCCUAUGUAUUCCGACAUGGACAAUCGAAAUGCCCCAGUGAUGUAUCCGGAUAUGGGUCAUAAUCAUCAUCCUGCUCCGAUGUACCCUAACUAUGCCAACGCUCCUGGUACUUUUGCCAAUUAUGGCAGCCAGACCAAUCCGCAGGAACUGGAACCAGAAUUGAAGAAGGAAAACAUUCUAUCGGGAGGAAUGCCACCUCGAAAUAUGGAGAUAAACGUGAAGAAAGAACCUGAGGAAAUGAUCAAGAAAGAGGAGGGUACGUCGACAAAGGAGGAAUUAACUGAGGAAAAGAAAGAAAUGGUGGAGAAGGUGAAAACACCGUACAGCGUGGACACGUCCAUCGGCAUGGAGGUACGUCCGAGACACUUUCACUUGCACAUCUUAAAUGAUUCACAUAAAACUAUGACAGCGAGAGCAAAAGUGAUUCAGGAGUGGCAGACAAACGGUGGCGUGUUGCUGAUCGGCUACGAGUUGUACAGGCAAUUGUCUCUGAAAAAGCCUAAUAAAGCGAAACGAAAGCGAGGCCAACCCUUCAAAGAUACGGUGGACGUGGAAGAGGAAGAUAAAAAUAAGGGCCUGUUAGACGAUAUGCAUACGGCUCUAGUGAAUCCUGGACCAGAUCUGGUAAUUUGUGACGAGGGUCAUCGGAUCAAGAACUCUCACGCGAGCAUCAGCAUGGCGUUGAAGCAGAUGCGCACGAAACGCAGGAUUGUGUUAACCGGUUAUCCACUGCAAAAUAAUCUCUUGGAGUACUGGUGUAUGGUGGAUUUCGUACGGCCCAAUUAUCUGGGCACGAAGAGCGAAUUUUGCAACAUGUUUGAGAGGCCGAUACAGAAUGGCCAAUGUAUAGAUUCGACACCACAAGAUAUACGACUAAUGCGUUACCGUGCGCACGUGUUGCACGCGCUGCUGGAGGGCUUUGUACAAAGAAGAUCUCACUCCGUGUUGCAGAUGUCAUUGCCACGCAAAGAAGAAUACAUUCUCCUCGUCAGAAUGACAUCUCAUCAACGUAAAUUAUACGAUACGUUCAUGAAUCAAGUGGUGAAGACACGAGCCGUGCCGAAUCCGUUAAAAGCGUUUGCUGUGUGUUGUAAGAUUUGGAACCACCCGGACAUCUUGUAUCAUUUCCUUCGCAAACGCCAGGCAAACGAAGAGGAUGACUUGGAUCUAGAGGAGACGAUUGGAGAGAAAACUACGUCAGGCGGCAAAAAAUCCAAGGCUCGCCAGACAAAAGGCGAGUCCAGAAAGGGCAAAAAGGCGAGUACGACGAUCAAGAACAAACCCGCGGCCAGUGUACAACCGAAUGCAUCCUCUUCGUCAUCUAGUAACGAUAACGUAGAGGCUGAAAACGCGCACAAUACUCCGAAGCAAAAUAAUUACACCAACUAUCAGAUGCCGGUUUCUAACUCGGGAUAUACUAAUUCCAUGCCGCAAACAACUUAUCCUUCUCACGGGUAUCAGAAUUAUCGGCCAAAUGAUCAAAGCACGUACUACAGGAACGAUAAUAAUAAUCACGGAGAAUAUAACAAUGGAGAAUUCUAUAAUAAUCAGGGACAGCAGAGAUACGGUAACCAACCGUUUCAAUCGUAUACUCAAACAUCGAGCUAUAAUACAUCGCAAGGAUAUUCCAAUCAGUCGCAAAGUUACAUACAGUCGAACGAGCAGUCUGUGAAUCAUUCUCAGAGAUACGGCACCACGUCAACCGGUUCGGAGUUUAGAUCAGAUCAGAAUCAAGGAAACAAUUACGAGAGACCCGGAAUGUUUCCGCGACAAAACUAUCCUUAUCAAGAUCAGCAACGCAAUUACCCGCCGAAUUUGAAUCAAGGGCCUAGCAAUUACCAACCUCAAGCCUCAAAUCAACCUUCCUUCCAGACUCAAAUACCUAAUCAAUCCGCGAACAUGCCGAUGCAGGAUUACUCGUCGUAUAGCGCAAAUCAAAAUCAGAAUUACGCAACGGCACCGGCUCAGGCGAAUCCAAUGUAUCCAAGGAACGACGCACAACCGAUACAGAAUUCGACGAUGGGAUACUCUACGUCUCAAGGUCAGCAGAGUCAACCGCCGGCGCCUCAAGCUCAAACUGCCGGCUACAUGCCACCGCAACACGGUCAGAAUACAUCACCUGGUCAAAACCGAGGCUUCUCGCCGAACCAACAGAAUCAGAAUCUGAGUUUACAGAAUCAGUCUCACUCGUACACCACUCAACAACCACAAGCCGUACCUCUUCAGGGUCAGACGCACAGUUUUCAGACGCAAAUGAAUCCGACCCCUCCGCAAACUCCGCAUACGUUCAAUCAGCAAUCGACUCCGAUGCCGCAAACCCCGUCUCAUGGUUACAUGCAGCCGAAUCAACCGGCUCAAGGAUCUAUACCGCAAAAUCCGAUGCGUGGCUACACUCCGGCACCGCAGAAUCAGAUGAACGUGGCGCAAAAUCAGCUCAAUUAUCCGACUAAUCAGCCCGCGCAAAAUGUUAACGCGCAGAGUCAAACGCAUAGAUACCCACCGGAACAACAAAGCCCAGCACCGAAUUCGCAGAAUGCAGUUCAUGGAUAUAGCCAUCAUAUAGUACCUCAACCCGCAGCUUCCAAUCAGGCAGCACCGUAUCCUCAGCAGAAUCAGCAGAAUCCGGCAGUAUCGCCGUCAAAUCAACCUCAUUCUGGUUAUCCAUCGAAUCAUUCGGGUCCGAGUGCUAUGCCGCAGACCUCUGCUCAUCGAUACGGUGCUUCGCAACAGAUGCAGAUGGCCCAGAAUCAGCCCAUGACAUAUCCACCGAAUCAGCAACAACCAAAUCCGUCACUGGGUCCAAACGAUCAAGUCUAUCCCCGGCCGGAUGCCUCGGCUGUGUCGCAGCAAACACAAGCUUACGCACCGACGACGAGCGAAUUUUCGAAUGAUCGUUCGGGUAAUAAUACCGCUGGGAAUCCUGGCAGCAACUACACCGCCAAUCAACCGCAAACGCAAAACCCCGUCAUGCCGAAUUAUCCAUCGGACAGCUCGCAUCAGAGUCCCACAGCGGUCGGGCAGAUAAAGAGCGCAGAUGAUCCUUACUGGCAACGCAAUUAUCCACAGACAUUUCGACCGGAUCAGCAAUGCAAUGAUUCGUAUUUCAGGGAUCAGAUGCCCGGGGUGAAUCGUUAUCAGAACAAUUACUUCCCGCCGCAGAAUUAUCCGAACCAGUCGUACAACUACUCGACUGGUCACGGCUCGGAUAUGAACGCUCGACCUGACGAAUCCAAGCCUUCGCAGCAACCUGGCGCUCAUCCCCCUAGUGCUCCGCUGUGCGACAAGAGCAAAGAUAUGACGUCUAGCAUCGGUGUACAGAGCCAACCGAUGCAUCAAAGUAAUCUCACCGGCGCGCCGAAUUACGCCGCAUCGGAAUCAAAUCGUCAGAGUACGGCGACUCCUGCGCCUAGACCGGGACAAGGAAUUAAUUCAGCGCAUAGUCCUCGAUUGAAUCAAAGCGAAUUGUCGAAGGAGGACGAGAGAGAAAAGGAGGAUUCGUUGGAAAAAGAAAAGGAGGACAAAUCUGAUGAUGAAAUUCUCACGAAGGACGAAGAGAAGGAUUGUAAAAGUUCUCCUAGCGCAAAAGAAGAUCCUGGAAUUCCUUACGAUUGGGCGGUAGAAUUGAUGAAGAAUUACGUACCCGGAUUAAUAGACGCAUCUGCAAAAAUGACAAUCUUCUUGUGCAUCCUGGAGGAAGCUAUUACACUAGGGGAUCGUGUACUCACAUUCUCACAAUCGCUGUUUACCUUGAAUCUCAUAGAAGACUUUUUAGCACGAAACAGCUUAAAAUAUCCGGACGGGCAGACUGAUGCUUGGAUAAAAAACGUGAAUUACUGCAGACUAGAUGGUAGCACCAGUGCGUUAGAGCGAGAGAAAUUAAUCAACGAAUUCAAUAACAAUCCAAAAAUCCAUCUAUUUCUUGUUUCAACUCGAGCUGGUUCGCUAGGUAUCAAUCUCGUUGGUGCAAAUCGUGCAAUUGUAUUCGACGCUUCGUGGAAUCCUUGUCACGAUACGCAAGCCGUGUGCAGAAUUUAUAGAUACGGUCAGCGAAAGCCAUGCUUCGUUUACCGAUUGGUCACUGAUAACUGUCUGGAGAGGAAGAUUUAUGAUCGACAGAUCAGUAAGCAGGGCAUGGCGGAUCGCGUGGUGGAUCAGUGCAAUCCCGACGCGCAUCUUUCACUGAAAGAGGCAACGACGUUGUCUUGGGAUUGGGAAGAAGACAGUCAAGUGCAGGACUUCUCGCAGACCAAAGACAGUUACACGGAUGAAGUUAUGCACUGCUUAUUGGAACGCCAUUCCUCGUUGCUUACUAAACAACCGUUUCAUCACGAGAGCUUGCUCGUGGAUCGGAAGGAUAAGAAACUGAGUCAAGCUGAGAAACGAUUGGCUCGUCGCGGUUAUGAACUUGAGAAGAUGGCGGCUAAUUGUUCGAGGCCAAGUUAUAAUUACGUUCCGGGAAAUACGGCUACGCGAGCAGGUGGAUUACAAAUCAGAGCAAUUCGCGGCAGUGACGGAAGCACCACGCCAAAGCCAGUUGCAUCCGUCAGGCCUAUGCAGCAACGAGGUGCUGAAGGAUUAAGUCCGCGUGGUGUAACUGGCAGUAGGUGGAUUCCGGCGGAAGUAUGGCAACGACAAGGAAUGAGCGCGCAAGAAAUGACAUUACCGUUGGAUGUGGUAAUACCGACUAAUUCCCCAGACAAAGGAAGUAUUGUUCUGAAAGCCGGUCAACGAGUAAUGGUGCUGAAGAGUCCGAAAGGCAUUUAUAUGCAACUUGAAUCUGGCAAAAUUAUAGCGAUUCGCACCGCGCUCAAAUUGAAUCAGCAAAAGCGAGAGGAAGAGCCAAAGAAGGGCAUUUCGUCGAUAAUACAGAGAAGUUCCAAACCCGAGGUUAGCUUCCCGUUGCGAAACAAUUCUGCUAUUUCCAUAAUACCCAAAUCAUCGUCAAGUAAUCAGACCAGCAAUCGGCCUCUCAAUAAACCAUCACCCAGUCCGGGUUACAAGCCGUUCGGUGACAAGGAAGUCUCCAAAAGACCGAAACCGGUCGCUACAGCGACCGCUAAACCUUAUUUGAGUCAAGUAAACUUAACCAACCAAGUUUCCUUAUCGAGACUACCUAAAGUCAAGCAAGAGCCGAUGGAUCAUUCCACGCUUGGCGACAACUCUAACUCAUCCGAUGGUCAAGUGAGAACUGAACAACGAGUUGAGGAGGUUAGGCUGGAAGAUGUGGUCGCUGAAGUAAGUUCGAACACCGAGUACAGUCCCUCUCACACUCGGACUACCAACUCGGACACGGACACAUCCCUGCCAAAAUCCUCCGAGGAAGGCACUCAAGUCUACACGUCUGACACCCUGGCGCAGGGUGUCCAAACACAACAUGAUCAGACGGAAUCAGAAUUGCCAUCGACUGCCGACAAACAAUGUUCACCGGCGGAGAAAGAGCCUCCAAAAUCUGACGCUCUAAUGAACUAUAAUCGGUCCUUCCAUAGCCAAACGGAGAAGCGAGAAGGUUCCAGUGAUGACAUCAUUAUCGAAGAGUCAUCACAGGUAACAUCACAAAUGACGCAGCAGGUGACACCGCAAAUACCACCGCAAGCUGCAACGCAGACGUAUACAACUACUCCUGAACCGAUAUCAUCUUUGUUGACGUCGCAGCCGGUACCGUCAACCAUGUCUGUACCAUCAGCUAUGUCGAGUAUGCCGUCAGGUAUCCCAGUAUCUUCGAGCAUGCCUUCGAACAUGCCAUCAAGCAUACCGUCGAAUAUGCCAUCGAGCAUAUCAUUGAACAUGCCGUCAAGUAUACCAUCAAGUAUGCCGGUACCAUCGAGCAUGCCGAUACCAUCAAGUAUAUCAGUACCGUCGAGUAUGCCGGUUCCGUCAAGUGUGCCGGUACCAUCGAGUAUGCCAGUUUCAUCGAGCAUGCCGAUACCAUCCACGCCUGUCAGAGGACCGGAGACACCUAAAAGUAUCGCCGAUUCGCAAGCUGUUUCAUCAACCGCCUCCGUAUGCACCAGUACCAAUAUUACGUCCCUGAAGAGCACCGAGCCGACGACCGCGAGCAUACGGGACAAUAUGGUCCAAGGUGAUCCGACACCGAGCGUUCCUCAAGGGUAUCCUUAUGCUCAGUAUCCUAGGUACUACGACUACAGCGAUCCGCGGUCUCGCUCGCUGUCCAAUCCCUACGGCACUUAUUUCCCCGGUGUGCCGCCGCACACGGCAAAUCCCAGCAGCAGACUGCCAGUAGAUACGACAAAGCCACAGCCGGAUUUGGGAAAGCCUAUCGACGAAAGAAACGUGAUGAAUGUGCCUACCGCUUACUCUUCUCAAGUACCGAGCAUUACUGCCAAAACGCUGACGAACAACUCCACCGCGACCGAAUCCAAGGGCACGGACACUACAGCAGUCACCACCACGGUGGCCUCUUCGAGCAGAGACGAGGCCACGCACAUACCCACCGCAUUCAGCCAUCCCACUAGCACGCGGUAUCCGGGGCCGUAUCCGCCGGGCCCGUACGAUCCAUAUUCGCAGCACUAUCCACCGGCGCCCGGUUCCUCCGCAGCUUAUCCCCCAGGUGGAGCACCCGGUUAUUCGGCAUACGGUGGACCAAGUUACAACACUGAUUACGCUCGUAUGUACUCUGCGUUCCACGGUCCGCCACCCCCAACAGAUCCUUACAUGCACAGAGGGUAUGCUCCUCCUUCCUCGCAUCCUUCUAAUUAUUAUCCACCAUUUCCACAUCCACCGCCACCCUAUCCCAAUUAUCCCUUCUUAUCGCCGUAUCCGAAUCCAAACAUGUCCAGCGAGCCCCAACCACCUGCUCAGUAGGAAAGACGCGGCUGAGAGUAACCCUUGAUUAAGGAUCGUGGUAUAGCCAUCGUCAAGGCUUUGAAACGUCAAAGCCGCGGUUCCGAAGCUUAAUAGACUGAAGCUGUAAAACGCGCGACGUCAAUGUAAAUAUUUAGUCACAGGUAUUGAAAUAUUAAGAAGAUAUUUGAGAAGUAUUCGAGUGCUUCGUUAUGUUCGUAACAAGAAAAGUAUAGGGAGGUGAGCGUGAUCUCGCUGUUAAUAUUGAACCGUGCAAUUUGUUGAGACGUUCAGAAUAUUUUAACUCUCUUGAUCGCCAAUGAUGUUUCGCGAAUGCGUUUGUUCACUAGUUAACUUCACCGUGAAACGUAGAGUGGUACGAUCACUCCUUUAUUUGAUCCCCCAGUCUCAUAGAGGCCGAGUGUCAAGUGAGAUUUGUUAUGCUUAGACACUAUGUGAUUUUAGAUUGAAAUACGUUUGCGUGUACCGUAGUCACGUUUAAUUGCGUUUCUCGCGAGUUUUUCUACUUUUUGUACUUGUGCAGCGUCUUUUGUCAGAUUAACCUUUCGCCAACAGCGAACCUCUUAACUUUAGAACCGAUAAGUUUAUUGACACGUAUGACUCUGGAAAGAUUGAAGGAGGAGUAAAUUGUACCAUUCGAAUGAAUGAAGGAAGAGGAGCGCUGUAUACUAUCAUUUAGCUUCACGCGCGUUACGUUCAGCGACUUGGCUCAUUUUUACAUUGUCUAUGUAACGAAGAAGGUGGAGUUUUAUCCGGCUAGGAUAAAAUUUUCGUUUCAAAGAUGAUCGACGAUGAUGAACGUCUAUGAUACAUUUCCAAUUUGCAUCAUCUCAUAGAGAAUCGGAUUUAAAGAGAUAACAAAAUAAAUAAGAAAAAUUAACUAAAGGAUUUUAGAUUUAUAUUCUUUUACAAAUUCAAUUGUAUAAUUAAUCAACAACAUUUUACAGAUGUGUUGAAAUUUAUUGCUUAAGCAAUCGAAAUUUAUGGUACGGUUAAGUUUUUUCUCUUUCCUGUGACUUAGUAUGUUGCUGCAACAGCGAAAUCUUUUAUGACAAAUUUUUGUAUUUUUGUAAAUGAGUUUGUAAUUAAUCAUGAAUGAUAAAGUAAAAGUAAUGGACAUUGCAAGCUAUAUGGAUGUUAUUGAGACUAUACUAUGAAAUGCAGAUGUUUAAUUAAGGAAUCUAUACGUGUAUGUUAGAAUCUACUGUCAAGUUUAGAUUUAUACUGUCACGCAAGGUUCUAUUUUAUUGUAUGAUGUACUUUAUAUAUUUUAAAGAUAUAUUUGACUGUUACGCGAUUUGUGACGAUUCAAUAAAUUUAAAGUACAUACAUACAAAAAAAUAUAUAUAUAAUUUUUUUGUACUCAUCUUUUGUAAAUUUUUUAAAUCGAGUUAUGACUUAAGGAUGAUUUAAUUUUUCAAAAAGAUUUCAGAAUGAGAGUAAAUCAUAAAGUUUGCAUUGUGCAUUAUUUCUCCGUUUAAAUAAUCUAAUGUUUCGAACGCGCAUCAUCGUCUCUUUUUUUUUCUUAUCGAGCGCCGAAAUCGGUUGCUAUUCAUGUCGUAGCGUGCGUUACGCCGCGUCUACGUGUCAUCUUGUAUCUUUCUUCGUACAUACAUUACAUUUACACGCAUAACAUACAUACAUGCAGUAUUCAUCUGGAACAUUUUAGCAGCCAGUAAACAGUCUACAGCAUCCCUAGCAAGUUGUAUAUGGACGUAUUAUACUUUUAAACGUUACGAUUUUCGAAAUACAAUAGGUACUCUUAGUAGAACGUAGGAUUGUUGUUAAUUAGGAUGUCUUACAAUAAAAAAAAAAAUGAAUCCACUAUCUCGGACGGCGUAGUGUAAAAAUAGGGAGAGCCAUGAUUUUCAGGAGCGACUCGGAACUGUGAUAUUUUUAUUAUAAUCUCGUGUCGAAUUCGCACUGUCCGGAAUCGAAGUCGCCGACGUUGAUUUCGCGGGAAUUUCGCGAAGAGGUCCGGUGUUCCUCGGCCCGCCUUCGCGACGCACGGUCGAAAUUGUUGCAUUUACGUUAGUGUAAGUCACAAUUGGGUGCACGAGAUGGAUAAUCCAUUUUUCCAAGUGGACACAGAGGCGCGCACGGACUUAUCAUGGUGCUCCCUGUAAAAUAUUAUAUAGACCAGCGGUAUUCAACCCCUCCAUCGAUGAUUCUGAAAGUAUCCCUUUCGGAGCUUUGCGUUGCUGAAAGAUAUUUUAUUUUGUAGAGCUUGUACUUCUGAGAGCAUUUUUUUUAUCUCUAAUAAACUUUUAUAAAACUUUUUUAUAUAUCGUCCUACUAUUCUAUAUUUCUCUAUUAUAUUCUAUAUUUUUUUGUGUCACCAUGUGCAUUUAUGAGAGUUCUUUUUCAUAUUUUAACGUAAGCAAAACUUAUAUAACUCAAGAUUACAGUCUUGAAAUAUUCAUUUUUACCACCUUCGCGCGUACUUGCCAAAGCAUUGUUUUUAGAAAUCCGCGUCCUCGGAGUUUCUAGAACGCGGAUCAGUUCGACGCUCUUCCGAGAGUACUCCAGGUUGAAUACCUCUGAUUAUAGACAAAUUAUUCUAGCGAGAUAAGCAUUCAUGCUGGAUAUAUAAUUAGUACAUCGUAUCUUCGUGGCGAUCCUCGUUGUCGUCCGUUUGUUGCGCGAAGAGACGCGAUGUCUCGCGUUCACUUGGGACGCGUUGCGUCCGCACGUUUCGUAGGUUCUAAGUGUACAGGUGUUAUGUUAACGCAACGUUCGUGUAAGUUGUGCAAUCCCUUGCAAACGGACGACAGCGAGCUCGCGACAUGGAAAUAAAACGCGCGCGAGAUGCGAGCCGCCUGUUCCGAAAGCGAUGCGGAUCUCGGUUGCGGUUGAAGCACGACAUUCACAUCCCGCGUUUAGUGCCAAAUGUGGUUGUUAAGUUUUGCAUUAUGUAACAUAAAGAUUACGCUUAAUGUUACCGUACACCGAGGAUUAUAUCGCUGCAUCUAGCCCUAAAUGCGGUAGCCCGAUUUUGAGUUUUACUCGUGCAUCUUAUGAAAAUGAUAUUUUACAUUAUAAGGAUUGUAUGCGUCAAUCAAUUAACAUUAUUACUUAGCACUGGAUGUGGCUCGUGAAUGUAAAUUGAUGACCUGAUAUUUUCGCAACAUUUAAUGGUAAAUGUGGUGAGAUGAGGACGGAGGGGACACGGGCUAAUUAAUUGAGAUGUGAAUGUUAAAUGUGCAUUCUAGUAAAACUUUUAUGACAGAUCCGUACCAUUCUUAGAACAAGCGGUUCAUAUAUUUACGGGAAAGAAGCAUUAUUUCAUCUCUGUUAUAGCUUUUUUGCCAUUUACAUACCUGUAAAUACUUACAUUUCAUAUUUUUAUUUAUUAUUAUACAUGAUCCAUUAUCGCUUUUUUUUCGAUGUCAGAGUAUUGCUCUUAUGUAAAAUAAAUUGUUUACACUGACGA